GUUACCAUGGUGAGCUGAACCAUGCGUGACAAAAUAAAACAGCUAUACGACAUUUUAGAAAUUUCUGGCGAUUAUCUGUUUAAUUUAACUUACAGUUUCUGAAUUACCCUAGAAUAUGACGGAAGUUCUUACAGUUCAACACACAAGAGAUGUUGGUGCGGGUGUUUUGCUUCCGCCGCUCAACUUGAAGAGCAAGAAGUCAAACAGGACCAGGAGUGGAAGCGCCAACAGCCAACAGGGUGUAGCUGCUGCCUUACGUAUACUUGAUCCAGCAAGAAAAAAGUUGGGAACUGUGGAAACCCAACGAAUUAUUGCUUGCCUUGAUGAAACAAUUAGACGACAUGAACUUCUUGCAAUUCUUCCGACUAUCACUUUGCAACUCGCAAGAUUCAGUGUUUCCUUAGGGAAUGAGCUUGUUGCAGCAAUUCAGACACACAAAGAAAAAUGCGCCCUACUCGAAGAUGUCACCAAAUAUUCCAAAGAUUCUGAAAAACUUGAGAAGUUAAGAUUAGAAGUGUCUGAAUCAUGCAAGAAUGUUAUGCGAGAAUUUUCUUUAAAUCCUGCUGUUGCGACUGCACUUAGACGUGACUUAAUUCUUGAAAGUACUGAACAAAUUAUUACACACCAGGAUGCAAAAAUUAUUGAGGCACUGAAAGAAUUGAGAGGGAUCAUGCUUGAAUUGUUACUAACAACACCAGCUGAGGAAUCGGACAGAUCAAGUUAUUUGGAUCAAGUUUCCAAAAGAGAAAAGCAAAAUUCUACUGUUAUAAACAAACUACAGGCACAACUGGAUUCUGCAAUUGAAGAUAAAGAACAAGAGACGAGCAAAAAAAACGAAACAAUUCGAAGAUUAAAAAAUGAUUUGUUUCAAAUUGAACAAUUCUCUGAAGAACAUAUCAGAAGGACAAAAACAGAAUCUGAUAAACAACAGGCUUCUGAUACCAGGAACAGUGAUGCAAAACAAUCCAAAUUGAAAUCAGACAUUGAUCAAGUUCAGGAUCAAUUCAGUAGAAUGUUGCAAGAGAAUAGAGAAGUUGAACAAGGUCUUCGAAAACGCAAGUACAAAAUAGAAACAGAAGUUGAAAACUGGAUCCAGAAAUACGAUCAAGAUAUGGGUGACAGGCAGAAUGAAUAUGAACAGAUAGACAAAGUCUAUACUGAAGAGAAGAAACAAUUGAGCGAGUUGGAAGAAAAAUUCAAGGUAUUGGAAGAAGAAUACAAUAAAAUUAUGGAAGAGAGAAGGAUCGCAAGAGAAAAGAGGGAACAAGAAGAGAGAGAACUUGCUGCAAAUAUCAAGGCUGCAGUGACCAUUCAAGCUUACUUCAGAGCAUACAAGGUGAGAAAAGCAUUGAAAAACAAAUCAAAGAAGGGAGGAAAGAAAGGAGGAAAAAAGAAAGGAAAGAAAUAACUGCUAGAGAAAAGAGCUUCUUUAUAAAAUUGUAUUUUUAUGUACAGAAUACUAGCUCAAAUAUUUUUAUACUUUUAAUCUGCCAGUGAACUCUUGCAUUAACUUUGUUGUUUCGUGUUGGUGUGAAGCGGAAAAAAUUCAGAAUUUGGGGAAGUCAAGCAAUGAUAUUAUUAUCUAAGUGGUGUGAUUUCCGAAUGUAAUCCACUGUUAAAUUCUGUUUUUUUCAUGGAUGUAAGGAAUUUCCAUAUUAAUAAUCUCUUGAGAAACA